UUAAUACUAGAUUUACAAUUUAUAGAAUAAAGUGUGAGAUCAGCAUUCAAAGAACAUUGAAGAUCUCAAGUUUGUAAAAUAUUACGGUGAUUGACAAUUGACAGUUUUUAACGGUUUUUAGAUAUUUAAAAUUGUAAGUGGUGAAAAAGUUGAGCUGCAAGUUUUGCAAUAAUAAUAAGCCAAGUUAAUGUUUACAUAACAAAAAUUGAAAAUUAACGACAUUGUAAUAGAAAAUAGGAGAAUUAAGUAUUUGCACAGUGCAGUCAACAUCAAGAAGUAAUAAGCAGUAAUUAGUAAUGCAGAGCGGAAUAGAUACCAGGUGAAUUGUUUCAAUUAGGAUAAUAACAAGCAAGCAGGCAUUUUAUGAUUAAAAAAAUUUUUUUGUUUUAGGUCUCUUCAAGUUGCUUCAAAUAAUCUCCCGAUAGGAAAAGUGACAUCAUCUGCUCAUUGCGUAUGUGACAUUUCAAUGCCCAUUUGAAAGCAUGCAUGUGUGUUUGUUCUUGAAAGCGGUUUAAUAAGCUCACCGAUCUUCCUCGUUCUGCUGCUAGAUGUGGUUCUUUCAAAAACGACAUUGGAAUGGAUCCUAUUAGCCAGAUUAUUGUAAAUGAAAGUCGCUGAGUUGAUGAAGCUGAUUGCACGUACUGGAAGGCAAUUCUGGACCAAGUGAGAAUACAUGUUCACUCUACUUUCGAGGAAGUCAACACCAAAUACACUUCUCAAAGCUCGAUUUUGAAUUUUUUGGACGGGAUUUAACACUUUUUGACAAGCUGUACCAUAAAUCAUUGACAUAUAAUUUAGAUGAGAUUCGAAUAGUGUAUGGUAGAUGAGUUUCUUGGUUGAUUGUGUCAAUUUGUACUUGAGUUUCCAUAAAAUCCCUGAUAUUGAGGCUAGUUUUGAUUCCAAAGCCUGACAGUGUUUAUCCCACUUAAGAUGUUGAUCCAUAAAUAGUAGGGUUGGGCAAAAUCGUAGUCGAAUAUAUUCGACUAUAAAUAGUCGCAUAUUAUAGUCGAAUAUAUUCGACUAUAUAGUCGCAUAUGCAUUUUUCAAAAAAAACCGUUAAUUAUCACGGUUUUAAAUUCAAAGUUGGUUUAAUUCUUUUAAUUAAUUAUUUCGUCAUUAAUUUAUUGAUCAACUAAUAUUUAUCGGCAUAGCUAUAAAAAAGUAAGUACUUCCAUCACUUUUCCUUUGCAUUUGUAUCGAUUAGUAAUUUUUUUCAAUGAUUUUAUUUAGAUGGGAAUAUUUGAUAUCAAAAAAUACUUGCGGUCACCAAAUAAGGGAAGAGGAAAGUGCCGAAAAUGCUCUAAGUCAUGUCAAUGGUCCAAGGAGAGAGUAUAAAUGCAUAUUAGGAAUUGUGAGAAGUCGUCUGAUGAUGAAAAGUUGAUGUUCCCAACUAAAUUGCAAACAACUCUAAAAACUAAUUCAAGCAUCGAAAAUCCACAACAUUUAACACCUGAAUUACCAUCAUGCUCUACGAAUACGCUUAAAGAAGCUAUAGCUAACUUCAUAUUCAAAUCCGGUGUAUCUUUUCGAGUUGUUGAGUUAGAUUGCUUUAAAGAAAUGUUUUUUGUUAUUAAUCCAGCUUUAGUUGAAGCCAUUUAAAGGAAGUUAUGCCAAAAGAAGCGUCAAAAGAAGUGAUUAAAUUGAUUGAGCGUAAUAGUUUUUGGGAUAAACUGUGCAAAUUGGCAACAAUUCUUGAGUAUCCAUCAAAUAUUAUAGGUAAACUCGAGAAGGACAAUACAAGCUUAAAUGCUGUCUACGAUUACUUUGGCAAGCUUUAUACACACUUUGAACAAGACAAGACUAUUCAAAGACUCGUGAAGUAUCGUUGGGAUUAUAUUCUUACAGAAUCUAUGGGAGCUGCCUAUAUGUUGACUCCAAAAUUCAGUGUCGAUGGAGUUUAUGUAGACCACGACAAGAUCGAUAUCGUUGGUCACAUCAAAAAGAUUGUGGCUGUUGUUGAUCCUAUAAAAGCAUCUGAUGUUGAUGGAGAAUUUGCAAUGUAUGUCAAUAUGAUUUCAAAUCUACCAGCAGACAAGCAACAAAUGAUUUAUCAAAUGGACGCAAAGCCUUAUUGGAAGGUUUUUGGCAAAAAUGAAUUUCCAGCACUAUAUAUUUGUGCUAAUCGUGUGUUUGAUAUGGUGGCAUCGUCUGCUGCUUCGGAACGUGUUUGGUCUGCUUUUGGAUUUAUUCAUUCAAAUUCGCGUAAUCGAUUGAUUACAACUCGAGUUGAAAAAUUAACGUCAAUUUAUGUGAACAAUGCCAUUCUUAAGCAGCUAGAUGCUAUUAAUAGCUUAUUUUCUGAUGAAUUCUUAUAUGAAAAUGAUUUUGAAUAGCUGCAUUAUUCAUUAUAUUUAAAUUAGCAAAAAAAUAAAUAACGUAUUUUUUGAUUUUUGAAAAUCUCAUAUGCGACUAUAUAGUCGCAUAUAUUCGACUAUUUUUUUGUUCAUAGUCGAAUAUAUUCGAAUAUAUUCGACUAUUUUCCCAACCCUAAUAAAUAGUCCAAGAUAUUUAACACAAUCAACUCUCUUAAUACUUUUUCCAUCUAUGUCAAUCAUAUCGCUGUCUUGAAACUUCAUGAAUGGUGAAUGAAAGAUUAUGAAUUGUGUCUUAUCGAAGUUGAGAAAUAGACGUUGAUUCUCAAAGAAAUUUAAAAGUUUCCUUAGGUCUGGGAUGAUUUUGUCUUCUACCUUGUCAUUUUUUUCGUGACUAUUGAUGAGAACAGCAUCGUCUGCAUAAAGGAACAAUUUGCCAGUAACAUCCAAUGAAGCAAUGUGAUUAAAAAAUAUUAUAAAUAGAAGACUUCCCAAAAUUCCUCCUUGCACGACUCCAUGAUCGAUAGAUUUUUUACAGCUUGUUGCAUUAUUAAUCUUGACAAUUUGCUUCCUCGAUUUUAAGUAGUUUCCAAUCAGCUUAAGUGGAUUUCCACGUAUUCCAGAAAGAUUAAGUGUGUGAAUUAAGCAUUCGAUGUCGACAAGGUCGAAUGCCUUUCUAAUAUCCAUACACACUGCACUGACUUUUUUUUUCUUGUCAAUUAAACUCAUGAUCUCUUCCACUAGUUCAAGCGCAGCAGUUUCAGUUCCACUCUUGGCUCUAAACCCAAAUUGCUUUGGUGACAUUAUCUUUGCCUUAUAAAACACAAAGUCAUAAAUUCUUCUGUACAGAGUCUUUUCCACAAUUUUAUUAAAAAUUGAAAGCAUUGCCACUGGUCGAUAAUCGUUAAUAGAUGUUUUGUUGCCAGACUUAUUGAUGGGAAUCACUAGUGCCGUUUUAAAGCAAUCAGGAUACGUUGAGGUCUCAUAAAUUCGACGAAUCAUAUGACAUAGCAAUGGAGCUAAUUCCAUUGAAAGACAUUUGACUAUUGAUGGGUGUAUUCCAUCUAUUCCUGCAGAAGAGUUCUU